ACAAUUUAUCUAGCUGGUGCUAAACUUAAGUAUGUUUGUCAUUCUGGAUACGCAUUAGAAGGACCACCAGAAAUAACCUGUUCUAUGGGAAACUGGACUUCAGCUCCUACAUGCUUGGAAAUGCCCUGUGGAAGUGUUCCCAAAGUUGCCAACGCCCAGAUUGAAGGCAGAAACAAGAAAACCUAUGAGCCUGGUGAAACAAUUCGCUACCAGUGUGAUGCAGGGUUCCUGAUUGUUGGUCCCCCCGAAAUUAUCUGCAGAGAAGGAAAUUGGACGGCACCGCCCUUCUGCGAUGGUAUAAGUUCUACUUCCAAGUAG